UCGCCCAACGGUUCCUGUCCCCUCCCCCACUCAUCCCAACGGUCCCCCCCCCCCCGGCACGCGCUCUUGGGCGGUUGGUGCGGGCGCGCGCGGAGGAGCGCGUGCACGGCUAGGGCUCACACACGCGCUCGCUCCCGGACUGGCUGCGGGCAUGCGGUAGCGGCGGCGCUGUAGUUCCCGGCUCCCCUCGCCUCGUCCUCGUCCGGUCCCGUUCCUUCGUCCUCGGCGGCUCUUCGCGGCCUGGCCCGGAGCCCAGGCCCCGCGGUGCGUAUCCCGGCUCUCCUCCCGGGCCUCAGUUUCCCCGUAUAAAAUAAGCGCUCGGCUGCGCGGCCCGGGCAGUAACUGCGCCUCUGUGGGCUCCCGGAGGGAAGCUCCGCACCGGGAGGACCCGGCAUUAGCCCAAACCCUGUCGAAGCCUGAGGGGCCUGGACAAGGGGACCGCUAGGGGGCGCUACCCCAUGGGAGGACCCAAUGUCAGUGAAAUCCCGGGCUCCCAUCCCCCCAAAGGUCUGCAUGUCGUGGGGGGUCAGGGGAGAGGCCCGAACUCGGCCUGGAAAGUCCCCGGAUGUGUCCGGCCCCCUCACGCUGAGGAGCUUCCCGCCAAGGGAGGGGGAGGGAACGGGCGGGAAUCUCGGCCCCACGAAGGUAGGAGGGCGUCAGCUCCCGGUCACACGGGGGCUCGCAGCGGAACCUGAGCCACAGGCUCGUCAUCCAGGGCCCCCAAUUCUGCCUCUGGGGGGGAGGGCGUGGCCUCGAGCCUGUUCCCUGCCUUCGAUGCCCUGGGUUCUAAUGUGGCUCCCCCGGCGCCUCUGUAACGUGAAGCUCUCAGUCCCUGACCCUGAUUAGGGCUUUGGGUUUCCCCUGGAAGGUCUGACCUGGGGUGUUGGAAGGAGAGUCUCCCCCUAAAAGGGGGAUCGGCCGUGUUAUGUUCUGUGUGGCCCUGGCGGGGGGGCGCUACGAGCUCCCAUUUUACAGAUGAGGGUUAGGGUCACAAGUGCCUUUGUCCGCUAACCAAGGGCCUUUGGGGGUCUGGAGGAGGCUCUCUUGGGGUGAAUGAGAAGUCCUCUUAUCACUUGCGUUCUCUGGGCCUCAGUUUCCCCACCUGUAAAAACAAAGCUUUUAGACGACAUCUGAGAGUUCCCGUAGAGUCUGGGUCUUUCUGCAUCUUAAACAGUUGCCUGGGGAGAAGCCCUUUGGGCCCAUUUAAAAGACCUUCACUUAUUUGUUUUCUAGAUGAAAGGAUUGCUGGGAAGAAAACUGAUUCUGGAAAAAGAAAACUGUCGAGACGAGCAGUUCAAGAUUUCUUCCGUGGACCUGGAAGACCAGCCCCUGCUGGGCGGGAUUUCCAGCACGGAAGAUGAAAUUGUCACGGAGAUCUUCAGCCAGGACAGUCAGUUCAUCUCCGAGAACAUUAACCUGAAAAGCGCGGUGAUCAGCAAGCACGAUGACGACGAGGACUUCCAUUCCUUCAAGGACUCGUACUUCAGCGCGGCCGACCCUCGGGAGACGCUGCUGCACUCCUUCAACCCCCCCCUCAACGCCGACUGCGGCAGCAAAGUGAAGGUGGAGCGCCUGGUGGACGACAACAACGAGGACGAGAUUCUCGAAGACUACUCCAGCCUGCCGGAGCUCAACCCUCUGGAGGAGACCAUGCUGCCCUCCCCCUCCCAGCUGCAGCCGCACGCCUACAACGUGCACUUCCUGUCCUCCCUGAGGACUCAGCACAGGAACCCCCCCAGCGUCCUGCCCCUGGGGGCCUGGGCGGCCCGGGAAGGAGCGGCUCAUCACAACGUCCGCGUGAUCCCAGUGGAGAUAAGGGAAGCGGUUGGUACCAUCACUGCUAACAACCAGGAGGAGGCUGUUUUUCAGAAUACCCAUGCCCAGGAGGGUUGCUGCAAGUUCCCCCCAUCACAAGAACCAAUGGAAAAUUCUAGCUGUUCACAUAAGAAGGAGUCUAACCCGAUGGUAAUAUGUCAAUUGAAAGGGGGCACACAAAUGCUCUGCAUAAACAAUUCGGGCACAAGGGAGCUCAAAGCCGUUCACUUGGUUCCUCAGUAUCAAGAACAAAAUAAUUACCUGCAGCCAGAUGUGCCUAAACCUUUGACUACCUUAGUUGGAAGAUUUCUGCCAGUACCAGCUAAAUUAAAUCUUAUCACACAACAACUUGAUAAUGGCACCUUAUCAUCUGUAGUUAAUGGAACCACCUUUCCUUCAGGAUCAAAUCUUCAAGGACCAGCAAAAAUAACUUUAGCUGGGUACUGCGACUGCUUCGCCAACGGGGACUUCUGCAACAACUGCAACUGCAACAACUGCUACAACAAUUUACGCCACGAAAUCGAGCGGUUUAAAGCCAUUAAGGCCUGUCUUGAUAGAAACCCAGAAGCCUUCCAGCCCAAGAUCGGGAAAGGGAAACUGGGGGAUAUUAAGCCUCGCCAUAACAAAGGAUGCAACUGUAAGAGGUCAGGCUGUCUGAAGAAUUACUGUGAGUGCUAUGAGGCCAAAAUUAUGUGUUCUUCUAUUUGCAAAUGUAUUGGUUGCAAAAAUUAUGAAGAAAGCCCAGAACGCAAAACUCUGCUGAACAUGCCCAACUGUGUGGAGAUUGGGGGGCCUGAAGGCAGCCAUCUUUUCUCGCCAUCGAAAUUUGCUGUGUUGCCCAAGUUCAGGAAGGACAGGCAGCCUUACACCUGCAUCUCCUGGGAGGUGGUGGAAGCCACGUGCGCCUGCCUGCUGGCCCAGGGGGAAGAGGCCGAGAAGGAGCACUACUCGGAGUGCCUGGCGGAGCAGAUGAUCCUCGAGGAGUUCGGGAGGUGUCUGUCCCAGAUCCUCCACACGGAAUUCAAGUCCAAGGGGCUGAAAGUCGAGUAGACGGGCGGCGCGCCCAAGUCUCUCCCGCGACAAGGACCCGAAUGGACUCUUAUCUUGGUAUUUGUAGGAAAGGGGCGGCCAGAUCUGGUCCAGGGCGUCCCCUGGAACCCGAAGGGCGUCCCAUGGGCCCCCAAAUGUAGGAAAUCGAUUGACUAGAGAGACUGUCUCCAUGUGCCCACCAUUACCUGGGGGAGGGGGUUGUGGAUUCCCAGCAUCCCUGCUAGCUCUCUGGAUUGGGAAACAGUCCCAUAGAGGCUGAGCCUUUUGGCAGAAAAAUCAAGGCUGGGUCCGGUUCUCGGGACCUCGCCCUCUCCAGAGAAUUCCCUUACAGACAGACUCGCUCCGCCCUGACAAGCUCUUUGGAAAUCUUUGGUCGGGCGUUUCCCACCCAGCCCUCAUGCAACAGCCACAAUUGCUGAAGAACCAAGAAUUGUUGAAUGCUCUGAGAAUGUCCGUAGUGUUAGCGUCCCCGGAAGUCACUCAGGGACCCUGCUCGGCCUAGUGGCACCCGUGGCUCUUGGUGCCCGGGGCUUCUUCUAGAACUUGCUGAUCCGGCCCUCGGUGGUUUCUCUCGAGUUCCCUUUUUCAAUGAGUUUCUGCAUUGUUAGUGCUUUAUGUUGUUGUUAUUACUGUGGUUUAUAAAAUCUAGGUAAAGGAGGUGGCCUUGAUGAGCAGACAGGCUCUAUUAGCCCCGGGCCUGGGGACAUCCACGAGUGCUGGAAAGGACUCAAACAUCCCCCCACUGAAACAUGUCACGGAACCCACCCACCCCCGUCUGUCAUCGGGACUCAGUGACAGACGGACAUUCACAAUGUCCUCUUCCUGUGGACACAGAAGCAGCUGAAUCAGCCUUUCCAGAAAGCUCUGCCUCUGUUUCCUCUUUGCUUUGUUUUAGGGCUGGCUCCAAGCCUCCAUCAGGGAGAAGAAUAACUCUCAGUCCCUGGGGAGAGACUCCUUACAGAGAUUGGGAGCCCUCGGUCCUUUCCCUAGUCCAGCCCCCACAUAGCAUUUGAGGGUCUGGAACCUUUAAGAAAAGGCCCAAGGCAGGUGAAGGGGAGGUGGAUGAGCUCAAUGAGCAGCUCUCCGUAUCCGAGUCCUCCUGGGUUCCCCAUGGACUCUGACUGAGUCAGGGGGAGCCCCGGUGCAUCAGGGUAGGGCUGCCUGAGGCUUGAUGGAAGUAGUGGAGGAGGACACGGCUCUCUGAAGGAAACCUGGAGCCCAACACACAGGAGUCCACCGCAGCCUGGGCUGCAAAGUUCUCAGAAGUCUGAGAUGGCGGAGGGAGGGAGGAAGCUGGAAGGCCAGGCCAGGUCAGGUGCUGCUCUCCGGGGAGGGGCUUUCUCAGUUCAGACUUGGGGACUGCCUCCCCCUCAUGGCUGAGCUGCGGGCAGGGCCGGGCGUUGGGUGCCCGCUGCAGCCAGGCCUUCCUCAACCCAAACUGGAAGGAAAGCCCGAGAGCUCGCUCUCCUCUGGCUCCGGGAGGGCCCCUUCCUGCGAGACCUCCAGAAAGAGAGAACCUGACUGAAGCCAAUGGGGGAAGAGCCAGCCCCGUACCUGAGCCCGAGAUGAAAAUCUCUUUAAGUGCAAGCCCACGCACACAUACACAUACAUACACACAUACAUAUACAUACAUGUGUGUGUGUGUGUGUGUGUGU